AUGAUUCUUCCGGCCCUCACCUUGUAUACUUCAUCUGGAUAUCUUCAGGUUGACUCUGUUGAGAAUGAAUGGUUCCACGUGACGAGCGGAUGGGUCGUCUUCCCAAAUUUGAUGGGCUCGAUCGCGCUGAUCAUUGCUCUUCAUGUCUAUGCUCGGGAGGUCCCUCUCAAUUACGUGCUCUUGGCCGCGUUCACAGCAGUACAGGCACUCACUAUGGGAUGUGUUGUCACCCUCUUCGAAGCCAAGGUUGUGCUCGAAGCCGCAGUUAUCACUGGAAUCGUUGUGGCCUCCCUCUUUGCCUACACUCUUCAGAAUAAACACGACUUCUCCGUUGGCUACGGAUGUAUGGGAUCGCUUUUGAUGGUUCUUCUCUGGGCAGGAAUUUUCCAGAUCUUCUUCAUGUCACCCGCCAUGAACUUUGUGAUCAACGUCUUUGGAGCCGGUCUCUUCUGUGUUCUUCUUGUCAUUGAUUUGGACCAAAUCAUGUAUAAAUUCAGCCCAGAAGACUACAUCUGCGCCUGCGUUGCUCUCUAUUUGGAUGUUCUCAACCUCUUCAUCCGUAUCCUCCAAAUUGUUGCCGAGGCUAACAAGUAA